AUGGCACUGGCCUUGGAUGGAGUGCUCAGCUCUGACUCUGGGAACUUCUCCUUGGACAUGGACACCCUGUGCAAAGUUCCCUUCUGCAAGUUUGAGCAACAUCAGCAGGUACAAUCUAAACAUGAUAAUGCAAGUGAAGGAGGCAAUGAAGUAUUGGAUGUUGCUGGGCAGUAUAACCAGUUCUUUACCUACCCCAUAGGUGACACCAGAUUGAAUACUGUCCAGGGAUCUGUGACCAGUCUCUGUGGUGAUUGUGGCUUGAUUAAUGAGUCCAUCCAUUUCAGUACUGAUGUGACUGGCAAUGUGCCUCUGAGAGUUGGACAGAAGGUUGCUGCUGUUGUUGAAGAAGAUGAAAUAUCUCGUAGAUUGAAAGCCAUCAAUGUGGAUGCAAUCUCUGGUAAUUUAAUUGGCUCUGGACUGUUACCUCCCAGAAUUAGAGUUUUAAUUGCCUGUGUCACCUCUGUAAAGAAAAAUGGUUUCUGUGUUAAUAAAAAAACUUACUGCUCCCUAGACAUUGUUUCUGAAGGUUUUGUGCCUUAUAAAGGUGACUGGCUAGAAGUUGAGUAUUCCAUCCAACCAGGCUCCUCCAAAAUCAGGGCACACUCAGCAAAGCCUGUGAAUUAUAAGCAUGUGGAUGAGGUCUGCAUUACUAGUUUAAAUGGAAGAAAUGGUGUGAUAGAGUAUACUAUCUUUUUCAACUUGGAUUCUCUGACACUUCCUGAUGGAUAUGUGCCUCACAUCUAUGAUGUCAUCAAUGUGAUCAUGAUAGAGAGCACUCAGCCAUGCUAUAAUUGGAGGGCAGUUUCUAUCAUCCCAGUGCAAAUGGUGUAAUAGCAUCACCUUUUUAUUCUCUGUUAAUCCAUUCUUCUAGGAGCGGUAAAGGGCCUUAUUUAGUUGAAACACUCAAUUUAGUAAUCCUAAAUAGUAUUUAAAUACGACUGUUAUGUAAAUACAAUUAAGAAACUGGCUAGUUCACUUGGAACCAUAAACCCACUUUAGGGAAGUGUAUUGACAAUUCAAAAGCAUGUCAAAGCUUGCUAGAUACUGUAACAAAGGAGUUCCAUCAUCUAUACAAUUGACAAAAUAGUUAGGUAUAUUUUUCUAUGUCCCUUCUUCACAAAGGCAGGACAUUUUGGGUCUGUUUAGUCAUUGAUGCAUCACAGAGCACUUUGAAUGGUGCUUGUCAGGCACUAGGGGCAGAUUAAAUGACAUUAAAUUCAGUGAAUGUGUGGUCUGGCCAAAAAUGAUGUUUUGCUGUGGUUAACUCAUCAUCUGUUUUGUAGGAAUAAAAUUG